UAAAGUGCUGCAGCAGCCCGAGCCGCCUCGCCUGUGCCGCCACCUGUAGCAGCAAGGAGGAGGAGGAGGAGGAGGCGGAGGAGGACAUCUUUCAUCUUCAGUGGCCUUGGCGAGUCAGAGAGCUCCUCGGCGGACGCAGAUGAAAGCGCCAUGCCGGGACUCAUCAACAAGGAGAACCGGAGCCCUCUACCCCUUAGCAUCUCUGACAUCACUUCCUGCGUCAGAGGCUACACCCAGGCCAUGACCGCUUCCAUGGCGUACGAAAACAUAGAGGACCACGCCAUCGAAGGGAUCUUCAUCUACCCGCUGGAGGAGAAAGCCAUUGUCGUAGGCUUCGAGGCCAUGAUCUCCAGCCAGAUCAUCACGCUGCAGAUCAAAGACAAGGCCAAGAUGGACGACUGUUACAACGGCGUGCCAAACGGAGCGCCACCUAGCGGCGUUGGCCACGUAGUCCUGGACGAGGACUUGGAGAGGACGGUGCUCGUAGUCAACCUGGGCCUCAUCCCUCCCUUGGAGACGAUCCACAUCCUGGUCAGCACUUCCUGCGAGCUGUCCACUCUGCCCAGCGGCGGCAUCAGCUUGUCCACGCCGGCGGUUUGCACGCCGCGCGUGCAGAGGAGCAUCAACGAGGAGCAGGGCUUGUCCCCCAACUUCUCCAGAGUGCAAGACAGACAUCCCUCCAGCCCACACGAUGCAGCUACCAGCUGCCCUCAAUUCUGUUUGGCUGCUCUGCUCGAGGAUGAGGCCAUCAACUCCAUGGACUACCAGUUCAACUUCCAGCUGGAGAUACGAGCCCCUUAUCUCCUCGCAGGUGUGGAGAGCCCGUCUCACGCCAUCCGAGCCGACGCCGACCCUCUGGCCCGCUCGGCCACCAGCGUGGUCGUCACCCUGGCGGACAAGUAUACUUACGACUGUCCGGUGAAGAUCCUCAUCUACCCCAGCGAACCCCACGUGCCUCAGGUGCUCAUGGAGAGCGGAGACAUGACGCCGGACGAGUACGACGAGUUCCUCCGCGGCCGCAGCGACUUCAUCAAGGCUACCAAGAAGGAUUCCAGCGACGAGAAGAAGGUGGAGAUCAUCCACAGGCGUCUGCACAAGGACGUGCUCCACAACCCCGUGGUGAUGCUCAACUUGUGUCCCGACUUCAAGCCUGUUCGCUCCGACCUGAGGAAGGUGCACGGCGAGUUCAUCUUCCUCAUCGACCGCAGCGGCAGCAUGAGCGGCGUCAACAUCAACCGCGUUAAGGAUGCCAUGGUGGUGAUCCUCAAGAGUCUGGUACCAGGCUGCCUAUUCAACAUCGUCAGUUUCGGCUCCACCUUCAAAUCUCUUUUCUCUGCCAGCCAGAACUACCAGGAGGAGGCGCUGCAUUUGGCCUGCGAGUACGUCCGCAAGAUCCGAGCCGACAUGGGGGGUACCAACAUCCUGGCGCCGUUAAAGUGGAUCCUGAGGCAGCCCAUGUUCAGCGGACACCCGCGUCUGCUCUUCCUGCUGACGGACGGGGCGGUGAGCGACACGGGCAAGGUCAUCGAGCUGGUGCGCAGCCACGCCCGCUACGUCAGAUGCUUCACAUUCGGCAUCGGGCAGAGCGCGUGCAGGAGGAUGGUGCAGCAACUGGCCGCCGUGUCCAAAGGGACAGCUGAGUUCCUGGCGCAGGGCGAGAGGCUCCAACCGCGGAUGAUCAAGUCCCUGAAGAAGACCAUGCGCCCGGUCCUCAGUGACAUCUCCAUCGAGUGGCUCUUCCCCGAGACCAAGGAGGUCCUGCUUUCCCCAGUGGGCAACACCUUCCUGUAUCCUGGCGACAGUCUGAUCGGGUACGCCGUGGUUUGCGACGCCACCCGCUACCACACCAACCCCAGAUCUGACAAGAGACGGCGAUACAGCAUGAUGCGCUCUGUGGGCUCGGGGAGCUCCGUCUUUUACCACUCCCAAGAGGAGGACCUGCUGAGGACCCCUGCCGACAAAGAAACACCCCGGGGCGUUCUGCACGACACCGUGGCGGACACAGACCCUGUCAACGACGAAGCGUCGGGCCUGGAGGCUCAGGCGAGGAGGCGAGCGUACAGCACCAACCAAAUAGCCGAGCACCUCCCGGCUAAGAAGUACACCUCCAGUGAUCCCAGCUCCGUCAUGCCCAAGAACCCUCUGAGGAGAGCCCAAGUCCAGGAGCUGCUCGGCCACGAAACCCACUGGAGGAGAGACUUCCAGCCUCAGCUGACCAGUCUGUGUGCCGCGUCUUCGGGAGAGCGUCCUCCUGGGGUCCAGGAACCUCCGCCGGGGGAGGCGGGCUCGGAGGCUCAGGAUAGUGCCCGAGCUGGCAACGUCGCCGGAGAGGACGGAUCCAGGUCAUCCACAGAGAGUCCGUCCGUAGGCAGCGUGGGAGAUGCAGAAGGAUACAGCCACCAGCUCUGUCAGGCCGAAACGCCGCAGGAGAUCCUCAGCGUGGACGCUGCGGCCCGACGGCGAGGCGAGUGUAAGGCGGUGGUGUCAGGCGUGCUCUGCGGGAAGGCGGUCCACUGGGAGGUGCUCUUCGACGUGGAGCCCUUCCUGAAGGGGCGGGAGCGCGAGGAGAAGGUCCACGAGGAGCUGUGGAACGAGACCUUCCACCAUCUGGCCGCGCGCUCCAUCAUCCACGACUUCGAGCACAUGGCCGACAGGGAGAGCGAAAUCGAACACGGCUGCGGCAGGAAGUACCAAGUGUACGCCAUCCACACCAGCAAGGCCUGCAACAUCCUCAGCAAACACACCACCUUCAUCCCCGUCGACCUGGACACCAACGAGUACCUGCACACCUGCAUCGAGUACAUCCACCCAGGCGACGGCUUUAAAAGAGGCUCGCGCUCCAACUCGGGGAGCAGGAAGAACCGAGCUUACUCGGUGGGACUGGGCCGCUCGCAGUCUGGCGGCGUGUCGGAGGACGCGGAGGACGCUGCCACGCAUAACAGUGUGGACGAUGGCGUCUCUCCCUGCAGCACGCCGUCCUCGUCCGGCUGGGAGAGAUGCAGCUUUACAGAAGUGACCCAAAGAAGUCCAUCGGUGACGUCAGACCAGUCUCAGAAAUCAGUGGAGGGUCUUUUUUCUGCCAGGUUGGCACUGAGCAGGACUCGCCUCCUGACCAGGGCCGCCAAAGGGUUCAUGAGCCGGUCCCACAGCAAGUCGGCGGACUCCAUGGGCGAGGGCGAGAACGAGAACAAGGACUACAUUCCUCUGGUGUCGCUGCAGCUGGCGUGCGGCGCCUUCCCGCUGGACGCCGCCCUGUGCGACGCCAUCAACGUGCCCAUGGAUAAGCUGAAGUGGCGGUCCCCCUUCGGCAGCCACCGCAGCAGCCUGGGCCGCCGCACAGAGAGCGCCGAAGACGAGCCGUGUGACCCGCCGGCGUGCGCGGACGCCGCGGAAGCGCUGGACCCGGAGAGCCUGGUGUGGGCGACGGCGGUGGCCCUGGCCUGGCUGGAGCACAGCUCCGCCAGCUACUUCAUCGAGUGGGAGCUGUUGGCCGCCAAGGCCAGCAUGUGGCUCAGCGACCAGGACGUCCCGGAAGGCCGAGACGUGGCGUCGGUGAAGGCCGCCGCCAACCAGCUCUUCAUCAUCCUCAGACACUGGGAGGACAACCUGCAGCUCAACAUGCUGUGCUACAACCCCAACAGUGUGUGAGCGCCACACACACCUCUGUCUGUGUGUGUGUGUGUGUGUGUGUGUGUGUGUGUGUGUGUGUGUCUCUUACCCCUCUAAACAUAUCAGCGUCAGUACGUUUACAUGCACUCGAUUAACGUUUACUCUCGCAGUAUACUUGUUAUGUUCACCUCCGCCCACCGUAGGGGGCGCUAUUUCCUUUUAUUACCACCCUAACAUAUGGAGCUCGGUAAUGCAGCAUGCGCUUUUGUACACUCACCGUUUUCACACGCCCGAGUCAACGUUUCCAUGAUGACGGCGACUGGUUUCACUUCACAUACUGGGACUCAAACGUUAAUCAACUUAUUUAAUUAGAGAAAAAAAACAACUUUGAUUCGUAUUGUGUUGCUUCGAUUAAUCGUUUAAUUAAUGUAAUUAGUAAGAAUCCGAUAAAAUCCGGAAAAAGAAGGUGGAACAAGUUGAAUAGAAGGUAAACGAUGGUAAAAGCAGGUAAUAGAUGUGAAUUUCAGGUAAAAUAAAGUGAAAAAAAAAAGGUAAAAGAAGGAAUGUGGAAGGUAAAACUCAGGUAAAAAAAAAAAGGGGGAAAUAGAAGUUAGAAGUAGUACAUAAAAGGUAAACGGAAGAAUAUAGAGGGCAAAAUAAGUUAAAUAGAAGGUAAAAGAAGCUAAAUAAAAGGUAAACUGAGGAAUAUAGAAAGUAAAAGAAGCUAAAUAAAAGGUAAAAUAAGGAAUAUAGAAGGUAAAAAAAAAAGGGGAAAUAGAAGUAGUAAAUAAAAGGUAAACGGAAGAAUAUAGAAGGUAAAGAAAGUUAAAUAGAAGGCAAAAAACCUAAACGAAAGGUAAAAGAAGGAAUAUUGAAGGUAAAAGUCAGGUAAAAAAAGGGGAAACAGAAGUUAGAAGUAGUAAAUAAAAGGUAAACGGAGAAUUAUAGAAGUUAAAAUAAGCUGGAUAAAAGGUAAAAGAAGGAAUAUAGAAGGUAAAAUAAGUUCAGUGGAAGGUAAAGAAGCUAAAUAAAAGGUAAAAUAAGGAAUAUAGAAGGUAAAAGUCAAUUAGAAAAAGAGGAAAAAGAAGUUAGAAGUAAUAAAUAAAAGGUAAACGAAGGAAUAUAGAAGGUAAAAGAAGUUAAAUAGAAGGUCAAAGAUGCUAAAUAAAAGGUAAAAGAAGGAAUAUAGAAGGUAAAAUAAGGUAAAAAAAAAAAAAAGGGGGGGAAACAGAAGUUAGAAGUAAUAAAUAUAAGGUAAACUGAGAAUUAUAGAAGGUAAAAUAAGAUAGAUAAAAGGUAAAAGAAGGAAUAUAGAAGGUAAAAUAAGAUAAAUAAAAGGUAAAAGAAGGAAUAUAGAAGGUAAAAGUCAAGUAGAAAAAGGAAAAAAAGAAGUUAGAAGUAAUAAAUAAAAGGUAAACGAAGGAAAAAUUAAGUUAAAUAGAAAGUUAAAGAAGGAAUAUAGAAGGUAAAAGUCAGGUAAUAAAAGGGGAAAUAGAAGUCAAAAGUAGUAAAUAAAAGGUAAACGGAGGAAUAUAGAAGGUAAAAUAAGUUAAAUAGAAGGUAAAAGAAGCUAAAUAAAAGGUAAAAGAAGGGAUAUAUAAGGUAAAAGUCAGGUUAAAAAAAGGGGAAAUAGAAGUUAGAAGUAGUAAAUAAGAGGUAAACAGAGGAAUAUAGAAGGUAAAAUAAGUUAAAAAGAAGGUAAAUAAGCUAAAUAAAAGGUAAAAGAAGGAAUAUGUAAGGUAAAAGUCAGGUCAAUAAGGGGAAAUAGAAGUUAGAAGUAGUAAAUAAAAGGUGAACGGAGGGAUAUAGAAGGUAAAAUAAGUUAAAUAGAAGGUAAAAAAAACCUACAUAAAAGGUAAAAGAAGGAAUAUAGAAGGUAAAAGUCAGGUAAAAAAAGGGGAAAUAGAAGUUAGAAGUAGUAAAUAAAAGGUAAACAGAGGAAUAUAGAAAGUAAAAUAAGUAAAAUAGAAGGUAAACGAAGGGAUAUAGAAGGUAAAAUAAGUUAAAUAGAAGGUAAAAGAACCUACAUAAAAGGUAAAAGAAGAAAUAUAGAAGGUAAAAGUCAGGUUAAAAAAAAGAGGAAAUAGAAGUUCGAAGUAGUAAAUAAAAGGUAAACGGAGGAAUAUAGAGGGUAAAAUAAGUUAAAUAGAAGGUAAAAGAAGGGAUAAAGAAGGUAAAAUAAGUUAAAUAGAAGAUAAAAUAACCUAAAUAAAAGGUAAAAGGAAUAUAGAAGGCAAAAAAAGAGAAAAUAGGAGUUAGAAGUAGUAAGAAAAAGGUAAAUGGAGGAAUGUAGAAGGCAAAAUAAGUUAAAUAGAAGGUAAAAUAAGCUAAAUAAAAGGUAAAAGUCAGGUAAAAAAAAAGAAGGGGGAAAUAGAAGUUAGAAGUAGUAAAUAAAAGGUAAACGGAGGAAUAUAGAAGGUCAAAUAAGUCAAAUAGAAGGUAAAAUAACCUAAAUAAAAGGUAAAAGAAGGAAUAUAGAAGGUAAAAGUCAGGUAAAAAAAAAAGGGGAAAUAGAAGUUUGAAGUAGUAAAUAAAAGGUAAACAGAGAAAAUAUAGAAGGUAAAAGAAGCUAAAUAAAAUUUAAAAAAAGGAAUAUAGAGGGUAAAAUAAGUUAAAUAGAAGGUAAAAGAACGUAAAUAAAAGGUAAAAGAAGGAGUAUAGAAGGUAGAAGUCAGGUAAAAAAAAGGUGAAAUAGAAGUUAGAAGUAGUAAAUAAGGUAAACGGAGGAAUAUAGAAGGUAAAAUAAGUUAAAUAGAAAGUAAAAGAAGCUAAAUAAAGGGUAAACGGAGGAAUAUAGAAGGUAAAAUAAGUUAAGUAAAAGGUAAAGGAAGCUAAAUAAAAGGUAAAAUAAGGAAUAAGAAGGUAAAAGUCAGGUAAAAAAAAGGAUAUAGAAGUUAGAAGUAGUAAAUAAAAGGUAAACGGAGGAAUAUAGAAGGUAAAAUAGGUAAUAUAGAAGGUAAAAGAAGGUAAAUAAAAGGUAAAAGUCAGGUAAAAAAAGGAGAAAUAGAAAAUAGAAGUAGUAAAUAAAAGGUAAACGGAGGAAUAUAGAAGGUAAAAUAAGUUAAGUAAAAGGUAAAAGAAGCUAAAUAAAAGGGAUAAUAAAUAUAGAAGGUAAAACCAGUUAAAUAGAAGGUAAAAGAAGCUAAAUAAAAAUUAAAAGAAGGAAUAUAGAAGGUAAAAUAAGUUAAAUAGAAGGUAAAAGAAGCUAAAUAAAAGGUAAAAGAAGGUAUAUAGAAGGUAAAAGUGUUUUAUGUUCUUUUAAUUGUUUUUUGGACACAAUAUAAAAUGAACAUUUCCAUUUAUUUCACACUUGAUGUAUUUAUUGACAGAAACAAUUGUCGAUAAAUGUGUUUCUGGCCAUACCAUCGAGGUGCGCCAGCGUCUUUUAGCAUCAUUUCGGCCGCGUGCUCGCGCAUUUACAUGUAGCUUAAACCUCCCAUUUUCUUCGAAAUCACGCAAUUGAGCGACAUUUGUGCGUUUGAAAAAGACAAACUGGGACUACUAUUCAAUGUUGUUAUGCAGAGUUCUUUCAGCAUGCACUUACCUACGUACGUACUUGCACGUCGUCUCGUAGCUAAGCUAAUUAGCCGAGUGUUUUGUGUUGAACGUAGGUGUUUUUUUUGUCUUUUUUUUGUUCAGGGGGGAAAGGAAUUUCAAUGUAGCAAAACAAGCCAAGGCGAUGCGCUAACUGCUCGUUAGCGGAACGUGUUUAUAAAGAGUGAUUUGUCCUAUUUUGGCUUUCGUAAAUGGAGAGGAAUGCCCCCCUUGAUGAGUCUAAAUUUAGCCGUUGAUUAAUAAAAAUAAAAAUGAAUUUGGCCAUGAAAAUUCAUUAUAAAAAAGAAAGAAACGGUAAAAAAUUGUUUUAAAUUUACACAAAAAAAUACAUAAUCUAACGCAACAUAUCAGCUAAAAUAUUAUUUACUGUUACCACGACUAAAAAUAAUAAUUGAUUGUUAAUCAGUUGAUUUCCCCCAAAUAUAUUUAGUAAUAGUUAUUAUUAUUAAUUUUAUGUUAAUAUUAACAAAAUAUUACCUCCUAAAUAUAAUAUGUAAUAAUAUAAUGAUAAAAUUUUGAAUGAUUACAAUUAUUAUUGGUAAUAUUGCUGUUAUUGCAAAUAAAUACAAGGAUUCUUUUCUUAUUAAUAAUAUUAGUGUAAUGAUGAUGAUUAGUUGCCAGAGAUAUGUAAAUGACAAAAAUAUUUGUGGAAUCUUGUUUUGUCUAAAAAAUAAAUUAAUCAUAGCGACAAUUUAAACCAGUGGUCCCCAGACUGCGGCCGUCUAAAAAUGCAUUUCCCCAUCGAUAACGUGACUUCA